UCGAGACUCUGUUUCUGUCGGACGGAAACAUAUGAUUACUCACUACUUGUCGAAUCAGUAAAAGCGAAUCUCUCUCAGUGAUUCAUCGAAUUUAGGUUAGGUAUCCGUCUUCUCUGCUAUUAUUCAUUCACAUGACCGAUAAAAAUUCCUCCUUGUUCGUUUCAAGGGAUUCGACAAAUCUGAGAUUCUCCUCUGUUUCAAUGUCCUAAGGAGAUUCGUUUCUUCGUUAACCCCUAUUGCAGCCAUCUCUUUAUCUCCAAGCUGUUGCUGUCUUAACCCACUCACCAAAAAGCAUCCUUUUUUUGUAUAAAUCAACUUCUUCUUCUUCAUCCUCCAUGUACUUGUCUUGUGUAUUACUCUGAUACGGAUGCAUACGAUGUGCCAUGAAGCUAUCAACGUCUCUCCGGCAGAGUCCGGAGCUACGUUCAAUGAGUUAGACCACCUCCCCUUGACGACACGGCGUAGUUUGUUGCAGUCUAACUCUGUUUCCGUGCCUGCUAUCGUGAAAAGGGAAGAGGAUUGCUUUAAUGAGCUGGUUGUAGUGUCAAACUGUGAUGCUCCAGAAUCUGUAAACUCUCAAACUCCGGAAUCUACUAGCAUUGGUUGUAGUCAAGGUCUAAUUGAUUCUGGAAACCUAAGACCACAGAACAACAUUCUAGUAUCUUGUAGUAGUAAUGCGCAAAUGGAAGAAACCGCUGGGAGUGGUGGUGAUGAUACUCUUGAACAUCUCUCACUGAAAGAGAGGCGCAAAUUGCUUCUACAAAGGGUGGUUUUAAGGUUGCCAGAACCCAGCUUAGAGAAGUUGCAGGAUGAUACUACUAAAGAUUGCAAUGAAACCGAUCUUUUCAAAAUAAAAGCCGAGAAUUCAUGCAAAAAUGGGAUAGCUUCAUCUUCUGAGGCCAGAUUCAGCGGCUUUCUAGAGAAAAUUGAUUCUUUCCUCUAUAAGAAAGUUACCAUAGGUUCGAAAUCUGGAAUUCAAGAGAAUGAUGAUCCAGUUGCUCAUGAAAAGUCUUUUGAGCUGGCAAGUCCGCGUGAGUUACCCAGUAUUGAUUACGAACGCUCUCCUCUAAGUAGCAACUGUUAUGCAGCAGCUGCAGCUGAUAAUCAGAGAGAUAGAGUCAAAAGAGUUAAAAGGAAUCCACGUCCUUUGAACGUGAGUGAGAUACAGUCGAAUCAAGAAAAGUGUGAGUCUUUAGAUGAUUGCGUCAUGGGGAAUGUUGUUAACUCAGAGCAAGUACAGGUGAAAAGAGAGGUGGAAACACAUGAUGACGAAGAAGAUGAGCAAGAGUUUGUGAAUCUGAUCUCUCGUUUGACUCGUUGUGCAUCUGCUCCGAGUCCUCCUGCUAGCUUUGUGAAAAACGAAACAGACACCACCGCUAGUGAAUUGGAUGAAGAUGAGAUUGACCACAUGAAACUAAUUGAUCGGUUAAACCUUCGGUCUUCUCAUGGCUCAUGUCAUCAUGAAGCUCCUCCUCCUAGUAGUUCUCCACCCUCAGGUUUUAGCUUCUGUGCAUCUGAUGAAUACGUUAAACCUUUGAGGGUAUCACGUCCUUGGAAGCGAAAGAAAACCGCCACGAACUCAAUUGAGACAGCUCUGGAGGAAGAUGCUCCUGGUCUUUUGCAGGUGCUGAUUAAACAAGGGGUAACAGUAGAUGAACUCAGGCUUUAUGGGGAGGAUGAUUCCUCAGAUGAUUCACUUAUUGAAGAGACCUUCUCAGAGCUGGAAGAUGUCAUCUCACAGCUCUACUUCAAAAGAGCAACAGGCACUAAACUUCUUAACUUAAGUUUCUCAAAAGAUUCAAGAAGCAGCUAUUGCUUGACCUGUUUGUUCUCCCUCAUAGAACAGGCAAGGUAUCUGCGGUUUCGCAAAUGGCCUGUUGAAUGGGGUUGGUGCCGUGAUCUCCAGUCUUUCAUAUUCGUUUUCGAGAGACAUAACCGGAUAGUAAUGGAACGGCCUGAAUAUGGCUACGCAACAUACUUCUUCGAGCUCAGCAACACUGCAUCAGUCGGAUGGCAGAUCAAACGUUUAGUCUUGGCCAUGAAACUCGCGAGCUGUGGCCGUUAUCAACUCAUUGAAAACAAGCCAUUACUGGUAGGAGAAGAUAUGACGGAAGCUGAAGCGGAAAUACUGAUGAAGUUCGGUUGGGUUGCGAACACGGGACUAGGGACAAUGCUAAACUACCGUGACAGAGUCUUCCAUGACAGGAAGAGCCAUAAAGAGUCAUCAGAAUGGAAAUCUAAGAUAUCUAAGCUUCUUGUUGAUGGCUAUAACAGUGGAACCAUUGUUGAAACUUUCAUUGCUCACCCUGAUGAUGUUGAGGAUGAUGGUGAUGAUGAUGGACUUGACAUGGAAGAUGUUAAGCUCGAGACUUACUGAAAACUGUGAAUCUCCCUGGUGGUAAUUAGUUUGUUUAGAGUAAUUCCAGCCGUGGAUAUGAAACCUUAGAUUGUUUAUUUACUUGGUCAACUAAAAUUGAUGAAAUUUGUAACCUUUAUCAAAAGAUACAGAGACAGUACCUUAUCCGUUU